AUGGUUAAGAUCUCCGUGCUUCACGACUGCCUGAAGACCCUGUACAAUGCCGAGAAGCGCGGCAAGCGUCAGGUUCUGAUCCGGCCCGUGUCGAAGGUCGUGAUCAAGUUCCUGCGCGUGAUGCAGAAGCACGGGUACAUCGGCGAGUUCGAAUACGUGGAUGACCACAGGGCCGGGAAAAUUGUGGUGGAGCUCAACGGGCGGCUGAACAAGUGCGGCUGCAUCUCGCCCCGUUACGACGUGAAGGCGACGGAGAUGGAGGCUUGGAUGGCUCGGGUGCUGCCCUCGCGUCUGUUCGGGUUCAUCGUGCUGACCACGUCGGCCGGGAUCAUGGACCACGAGGAGGCCCGUCGGAAGCACAUCGGAGGCAAGAUCCUCGGCUUCUUCUACUAA